UUUUGGGAUCGCAGGCGGUUGGAUUACUGAGACUGUACACACGGAUUUGUGGAAAUGUUGGGUCUUCAAGAAGAUAAAUUAUGUGGAAUUGUGUCUGCUUUGGUGGCUUUGUCCUUCGUCUGCUUCGCUCAGAGCACCUCCGGAAACACCGGAAUAUCUGUGGCCAAAAAGACCGUGGACAAACUGCUACAGGGGUAUGACAUCCGCCUGAGGCCGGAUUUCGGAGGUCCACCAGUCAUAGUGUGGAUGAGCAUCAACAUCGCCAGCAUCGACUCCAUCUCUGAAGUCAACAUGGACUACACCAUCACCAUGUACUUUCAACAAAGCUGGAGGGACAAGCGUCUGGCCUACGCUGAGCUGCCCCUCAACCUGACGCUGGACAACCGCGUGGCCGACCAGCUCUGGCUCCCCGACACCUACUUCCUCAACGACAAGAAGUCCUUCCUGCACGGAGUGACCGUGAAGAACCGCAUGAUCCGGCUACAUCCGGACGGCACGGUCCUGUACGGGCUGAGAAUAACCACCACGGCUGCCUGCAUGAUGGACCUGAGGCGAUACCCCCUCGAUGAGCAAAACUGCACCCUGGAGAUCGAGAGCUAUGGAUACACGACGGACGACAUCAUCUUCUUCUGGCAGGGGGGUGACAAGGCUGUGACGGGCGUGGACAAACUGGAGCUGCCCCAGUUCUCCAUCGUGGAGCUGCGCCUGGUCUCCCGUGAGGUCCAGUUCACCACAGGUGCCUAUCCCAGGCUCUCGCUGAGUUUCCGGAUCAAGAGGAACAUCGGAUACUUCAUCCUGCAGACAUACAUGCCCUCCAUCCUGAUCACCAUCCUCUCCUGGGUCUCCUUCUGGAUCAACUACGAUGCGUCCGCUGCUCGAGUGGCUCUGGGUGUUACGACGGUGCUCACCAUGACGACCAUCAACACCCACCUGCGGGAGACCCUCCCAAAGAUCCCCUACGUGAAAGCCAUCGACGUCUACCUCAUGGGCUGCUUCGUCUUCGUGUUCCUGGCCCUGCUGGAGUACGCCUUCGUCAACUACGUGUUCUUCGGCCGGGGGCCGCAGCAGCAGAAGAAGGUCAGCGAGCGGCUGAACAAGGCCAACAACGAGAGGCCCCGAUACGAGGAGAAGCGCCUCCGGGAGCAGGACUCCAUUUCAACGCCGUAUCAAACCAACACCCUCAGGUCAUACACACAACGGAGAAAUCUGUAUCUCGAGGAACAAAGAAAAGUUGGGGUGGACGCGUACGGGAACAUCCUCCUCACCACGCUGGAGAUGAACAACGAGGUGCUGGCCUCGGACGUGGGCAGCAGCGUGAGCGACUCCCGGAACUCGGUGCGGUCCUUCGACAGCUCCGGCGUGCAGUUCCGCAAGCCCGCCACGGCGCGGGACGGGUUCGCCCAGCACCACGCGCUGGACCGGGGCGCCGUGCGCGGCCGCGCCAACUGCCGGCUACGGCGGCGAUCGUCCAAGCUGAAGCUGAAGAUCCCCAACCUGGCCGACGUCAGCACCAUCGACAAGUGGUCCAGGGUCAUUUUCCCCAUCACGUUCGGAUUCUUCAACCUCAUCUACUGGUUGUACUACGUGAAUUGAUGUGCGUCUCCAGAGGAAACAUGGGCCAUAUUUUGAGAGCACAUUAAAUUGGCUUUGAUACAAUUGGGAAAUAUGUAUAUACAUAUAGAAAGAAAUACAUAUGUAUAUGCAUAUUUAUAUAAAUAUAUAUAUAUUAUAUUUAUAUAUACAGUACACAUGCUGUGUGUAAAUCUAAAAGACUUUUCUGAUGUAAAAAGUGUUAAAAGAAUGACUUGAAUGUUUUAAGAAUAAUUGCGAGAGAAACAUUUCAAGCCUAUGAAUUCAUUUUUCUUCUGACAAGCAAACAAACAAACGUUAGAUCCUUCAGCGGGUUUGGACACAAGACUGCAUGAUAUUUUUUUUUUGUAAAAGAAAGGAGAUCUUGAGAAAAAGAUGUUUCAAAAGCGACUGACUGGCUUUUUAUCGAUACUGUAACUGUAAUCAGCAUACCCACUGUGGUCCACCAAUCGGAGAAGGCCGUUUGUUUUGGGCUCCUGGGUUCACCAAUCACCUGCUUCUUCUGUUUCCAUGGAAACGAGUACGGAAUUCUCCGAUCCUCCUUUGUACAGCAGAGUCUGUUGGGAUGUGUGUUCUUGGUUUUUGGAGUGACAUGGUUUCUUUAUUGGACAUCAGCUCUGGGCGUGGACUACAUUCGAUGGCCAUCUCACAGGACUACAACUCCCAUGCCCCCUCCCACAGUUGGCUCAAAGUCUUGAUUUUCCUAUCAUGUUUUUGGGGCGAUUUCUUCUUGGGGUAUUUUUUAUUAUGAUUAUGAUUAUUAUUAUUUUGUCUUGAACAUAAUGUGUUUUCAAAGAGUGUCACUUUCACAUGCUCUGGCGUUAUUAGACGAUAAGGCACAGUUAUUAAUUUUGAUUAUUUAAAAGAACAAAAAAAAAACGUAGACUGUACAUUCUCUCUCAGACAUGGUCAAACCCGUAACUGUUCUUUUUUUAACUGGUCGUAGCGUUCCACUGUAGAUACUCACAAACGUCAUACACCGCUUUGUGUUCUAUGAGGAUAGAGAGACAUCCACAGUGAGCUAUUCGUUCUUCAGAACCUUGGAUUUGAAGUCAUUUCAUCAACCAUAUGAAGAUGUAAAAAAAAAAAAAAAGGAAAAAGAAAAAAAAGAGUUGUGUAUUAAAAAUGGGGAUUUUG